AUGGGUAGUAGGGAAAUCAGAUCGCCUGUAGAUCACGACCUCGAAACAUCCACUCCUAAGCAGGGAAUGGACUGGAGUAGAACUAAUUCCGACACAUCUAAGAGAAAGAAGCUUGGAAACUAUUUCAUGGAGUCGGAUGACAGACGAAGAGCACUUGGUGGAGAUUAUACUGUGGGGAGUACACCGGUUAACAUCCACAGAAAACCUAUGUCUCACACUGAUCUCUCAAAGACAGGCGGUUGGGGUGCAGCCUUCUUCAUUUUUGGAAAUGAGAUGGCUGAGAGAAUGGCAUACUUUGGUCUAUCUGUAAACAUGGUGGCUUUUAUGUUCUAUGUUAUGCAUCGGCCCUUCUCGAGUUCAGCCAAUGCUGUUAACAUCUUCCUGGGAAUAUCACAAGUGUCAUCUGUACUCGGUGGCUUUAUAGCAGAUGCCUAUCUCGGUCGAUAUUGGACUAUUGCAAUCUUUACAACUAUCUAUCUUAUGGGGUUGACAGGGAUAACAUUAUGUGCAACAAUGAAGUUGUUUGUGCCAAACCAAGAGCAAUGUGAUCAGAUAGCACUACUUCUAGGGACCUGUGAGCCUGCAAAGCCAUGGCAGAUGCUUUACCUCAACACGGUUCUCUAUAUAACAGGGUUUGGAGCAGCAGGUAUAAGGCCCUGUGUCUCUUCUUUCGGAGCCGAUCAAUUUGAUGAAAGUAGUAGAGAUUACAAGGCUCACUUGGACAAGUUCUUCAAUGUGUUCUACCUGUCUGUCACUGUUGGGGCUAUCGUAGCAUUCACUGCAAUCGUCUAUAUUCAGAUUCAACAUGGCUGGGGAUCUGCAUUUGGUUCAUUAGCCUUGGGCAUGGGUAUCUCUAAUGUACUAUUCUUUAUUGGCACUCCUACUUACAGGCAUAGAUUGCCUGGGGGAAGCCCUUUGACACGUAUUGCACAAGUUCUGGUUGCAGCCUUCCGAAAAAGAAACGCUUCUUUCUCUAGCAGUGAGAUGAUUGGCCUUCAUGAGCUUCCAGGAAAAAGAUCUGCCAUUAAGGGUAGUGCGAAAAUUGCUCACACUGAUGAUUUCAGAUAUUUGGACAAAGCAGCCCUUAAGUUGCCAGAAGAUGGCCCAGAUCCCAGCCCUUGGAGGCUCUGUACAGUUACCCAAGUGGAGGAAGUCAAAAUCCUGAUAAAGCUAUUACCUAUACCAGCCAGUACCAUCAUGUUGAGUCUAAUCUUAACGGAAUUCCUAACUCUAUCCGUCCAACAAGCAUACACUUUAAACACCCACAUAGGUCAUCUUAAGGUCCCGGUAACCUGCAUGCCUGUAUUUCCUGCCCUAAGCAUCUUCCUUGUGCUCUCCCUUUAUUACUACAUAUUUGUCCCUAUAUCAAGACGCAUCACAGGACAUCCUCAUGGAGCCUCUCAGCUUCAAAGGGUAGGCAUUGGCAUGGGAAUAUCUAUUCUCUCAGUUGCAUGGGCAGGGGUUUUUGAGAGGUUCAGGAGAAAUUAUGCCAUUAGCCAUGAAUAUGAGGCUAGCUUUCUCACCCCGAUGCCGGAACUAAGUGCAUUUUGGCUGCUAAUCCAAUACUGCCUCAUUGGCAUUGCUGAAGUCUUCUGCAUUGUCGGAUUGCUGGAAUUCUUAUAUGAGGAAGCACCUGAUGCCAUGAGAAGCAUAGGAUCUGCCUAUGCAGCUGUUGCAGGGGGCUUGGGUUGCUUUGCGGCAACAGUUUUGAACAAUAUUAUUAAAUCUGCCACAGUAGAUGAUGAAAAACGACGCCCUUCAUGGUUAUCCCAGAAUAUCAAUACUGGCAGAUUUGAUUAUCUUUACUGGCUUCUUACUGGACUCAGUAUCAUCAAUUUCUGUGGUUUCCUAUAUGCAGCACGCAGAUACAGAUACAGAACAGUCCAAACGGGACAAUGAUGGAUGAAAGGAGCAUCCAUAGCUAGCCCUAUAUCUUAGAACGACUUUACUUUUGUUACAUCAGCUUAGUUUGAAAGUAAAAUUUUCAAUUAUUCUGAAUCAAGUAAAUGAUUUAAUUA